UAAAAAUGUUUAAAAACCAAUUUAAAAUCUUUUAAAUUUUAAACUUUUAAAAAGUUUUGAAAUCGAUUAUUCGGUUUCUUAUCCAACCAAUAAACAUCCUGUUUUGUCAUGAAAGAGCGGGAAAAAAAGAAUGAAGGGUUAAUAUUUUAAAACACAAAAUUUCGAUUAUAGAUGCUAAUCAAUUUGGUAUUUCCGUCAACUUCCGGCCGUCGAAUUCAGUAUGAUUAUUCAAGAUGGCGGACAAUAAGUCUGUGCCUGAUUCACGGACAGGUAAUCAUCACCAUCAUCCUCAUAUACAUCAACCACGACUACCUCAGCAGAUCUCACUGCAACAGUCCAACAAACUUCAACAUCAUAUGCUCACCAAAUCUGUUCGCCAAGAAGCCAACAACUCUGAAUCAGGUAACCAUAAUCAUCCUCACAUACAGCAACCACGACUACCUCAGCAGAUCUCACUGCAACAGUCCAACAAACUUCAACAUCAUAUGCUCACCAAAUCUGUUCGCCAAGCAGCCAACAACUCUGAAUCAGGUAAUAUAUUUAUGUUCCCUCAUAUGGAAUGCAAAGAUGAAGGUAAAUCCGGAGGUCACAGGGAAAAAAGGGUUCGUAGAGGAAGUAGUACUGAAGGGGAAUUUGAUGACGAGCUUCGACUCUGCAUCGUGGAUUCCGGGAUGAAUGGCGAUCUCUCGAACGACACCCAAGACAGCAGCACUAGUCAUGACACGGCGGACCUCAGACAUGAUGAAGACAGCGUCGAUUCCGAGAAAGCACUCAACCUCGCAAUGGAUGAGGAGGACGACGAGGACAAUGAUGAGCCCAUCGACGCCACGAUGCCCUCUGCGGCGAGUCGGGCCACCACCAACGGUCAGUCCGUGCCCCGGUCCUCCGGACAACCCUCGCACAACAACUGCCAUCCGAGCUCCACCAGCUCCAUUGCCUCGCCAUCGGCCAUGGUCAACAACACGGCGGCAGCGCUCGCUGCGGCCGCGGCGGCUGGUCAGCUCUCACUCAAUCAACUGUUAGCAGCAGGAGCUCAAGGGCAGCAACAGAUGCUCAUGCAAGCUGGACUUGCUCAGCAACUUCAGCAAGUUGGCAAGUUGCCUGUAAAUUCAGCUUUAGCUGGCUUGCAGUUGAAUCCUCAGGACCUUCAGCAGUUGCAGCAACAACUGCAGCAGCACAGUUUGCAGAGUAUGCAACCUUUUGUGUUUCUGCAACCUGGCCAGUUAUCUGCAAACAUGCAGGCCCAGCUUUUCCUACAAAAUCAGGGACUUCUUCAGCAAGGUCUUAUGCAGCAGAGUCUGCAGAAUCUUCAGCUGCAAGCCAAUCAAGGGGCCGUUUCUCUACCUCAGGGAGUGCUGUCUUCUCAGGCAGCUGCAACUGUGGCUGCUGCUGCGGCAGCCCAACAGCAAUUCCAGCAGCAGAUGCAGCAGCAAUCGCAGCAGCACCACCAGCAACAAACACAGUCUCAGCAGCAGCAGCCGAGACCGCAAGCGCCUCCACAACCGCCACCGCCUCCUCUACCUCCUUCUUCCCUACAACAAUCACAACCGGUCAUCAUUAAUCAGGCACAAAUGCCACCAGCACAGAAGAUGUCUUUCUCCCAGAGUCCAGUCCACCAAUCAAAACCACGACCCACUGAACCAAGUCCGGAAGAAAUGACGGAUUUGGAGGAGCUUGAACAAUUUGCUAAAACUUUCAAACAAAAAAGAAUCAAACUAGGCUUCACCCAAGGAGAUGUGGGUUUGGCGAUGGGUAAACUGUACAACAAUGACUUCAGCCAGACCACGAUCUCCAGGUUCGAGGCCCUCAACCUCAGCUUCAAAAACAUGUGCAAACUAAAGCCGAUGCUGCAGCGGUGGCUGGAGGAUACCGAUGCCUCCAUGAACAACCCGGCUGCCCUCGCAAACGUGCACACCUCCCCAGAGUCUAUAGGGCGAAGGCGAAAAAAGCGCACCAGCAUCGAAACGACGGUCCGGUUAGCCCUGGAGAAGUCCUUCCUUCAGAAUCCAAAACCAACCUCCGAAGAGAUCUCCAUGCUGGCCGAAUCGCUGACCAUGGAGAAGGAGGUGGUGAGGGUCUGGUUCUGCAACCGGCGGCAGAAGGAGAAGCGGAUCAACCCUCCGACCAGCUGUUCCAUGUCCUGUCCUCCAUCGCUGGUGUCUCCAGUCACGCCACCCGCCAUGGUGAUGUCCAUGUCAGCGCUAGCCACAACAGCUACCUCUCUCGGUGUCGGCACGCCACCACCUCCUCGCUCUCCCGGUGUGCCCGUCACCGCCACAGACCUCUCCAUCACAUCCAUGCUGCCCACCGGCACCGCUCAACAAGCUACCUCAGUGACGACCAAUGUAUCGAGAGCCUCUGCCAUUGUCUCGCCGACGAUCAAGAACGAGUAAUCCGUUCUUCCUACACUGCAACAGUUCCUAUAAAAACACAAAGAAAUUCAUAUCACUGUUAACUGUUUCUCAAACAAAGAUGAAGAUUACUAAAUAGACUUCCCCAUCGACACCGCCGUGUCAAGGAUGAUUUAUAUUCUAUAUGAACGCUAGUGAAAGAACAAUUAACUACGACUGUGGCUGCGAUUUCAAAGCAGAUGAUAAUACCUCAUUGGAACUUUAUAUUUUGAACAUGCAUGGCACAUGGGCCAUAUUUCUAGGGCAGGGAUUAUGAUGUACAGUGUUACUACCAACACUCUCUACGUCUGCAGUGUCUCAGGGAACUCAUCAUUUUUUCGUAUUGUUUAUCUUUCCUUCUCCUUCUUCCCGCUCAGGCCACUGGUCCCCUGUGUUCAUCCAGCAGGUCCGGUGGCCUGAGCUCCGGUGUCCUUGUAUCACCUUUUAGGUCUAGAGUUAAUCAUCAUGUUGGCCAUUUCUCAUUGCCGUUGGCAAGAAAAACAAACAAAAAAUAAUCAAUGGCGCUUGGUGGCGAGAAAAAGUCGGCAAAAUUGAACCACAUUUGCGAUAUCCAGUUUGCUCAUGUAAAUCGCCGUAGAACACGCCGCUUCUUUUUUAGGCAGCAUGUUUCUAAUGACUUGUCACCUUUCUAAACAAAAUGUAUAUUUGUAACUUUAUGAAAGCAUAUAAUGUUUUUAACGUUGUGUAAAAUAAAUUUUGAAAGCUCUCGGACGUCUCGAAGAAACCAAACUCAUUUAGUAGUUUUUACUUAACUCCGUGUGAUAAGUAAUGAAAAGUUUUUUAAAAUAUAGAUGAUUUAAAAAAAAUCAAAAUAAAAAAAAAGACAUUCAAAGAAUUUAUAUAGUGGAUUAAAAAAAGUUUCUGUACUAUAGCGUGGAUCCUCUCUUUCGAAAAUUAUGUAUCCUCUGUACGAAACUAUGUUUUUGAUAAAAAUUGCCCAAUUUUAUAUAUUUUAUCGUAUCAGUUUUAAAAGGCCAAAAAGCGAAUCUAAACUUUUACUGUUCAUCAUCGGAGUAUUGUCGAAUUUGUGCAUAUUUAUUUGCUUGGCAAAUUGAUUAUCAUUUCGGUCCAAAAAAAUGAUAUUGUUGAGUUUCAGUCUUAUUAAUGUAUCCUGAAAACGUUAUUUUUUUUUUCUCUUAUUCAUAUUUAGCGACAAAAUGUGUUAAAUUUAACAGGGCGUCGCCAAUCGUACGGAAACUUUUUUUUCACCCGCUGUAUUCCUGCAAUAUUUUCCUAGCCAUUUCAAUCCUUUUUUUGUUCCGAAGCCGCUACAGUUCUGCGCGUUCUAUGGUGAUUAUUCCAGAGUUAAAAUCCAAGCGCCAGUCAGUGUUUGGCAAGAGAACGCUAGUAACUUAUUUGCCGCUUCCCAGAUGGCUCUUAUUAGUUCAUUUUUGUCAGUUGUUGUACUGUAAAUAAACUGCUGCUCUGUUUAUUAGCAGGGAAAUGUAGUCUGUAGUGUCUGGUGUUUUUAUACCAACAUCUUUAAAAGCAGCCCGUUUUAAAAGGGCGGCCACAUAUCUGGUGGGACGAGGACGAAUUGUACCCUCAGUGCAGUGCCGACCUUCAGAUAUGUGCCGCCAAAGAUGGAACAAAAGUGGCAGUUUUUAUGUAGGGAAAGAGUACCAACCGCGUCGCUUGCAAUGUCGAAUCCUGUAACGUCGUAUGGGGCUCUACUAUCUCAGGGUAAGCAAGCCAGAAGCUUUGUGGGAGGUGGGGACUUCAUCGCCUUCUUUUCUGGAAUCAUCUUAAACAAUGCUGCUCUGGCACUCGUUGAGACGACUCAGAAUUGAAGCGCACCGAGUAGUCUUGAGACUUGUAAAGUCCUGGGCUUCUGAAUCAGAAAGAGCUGCAUUCUGUGUGCGUUUCGAAUCCAAUGAGGUAAGCGCCACACAGAGAUGGAACACCAACUAUUGCACGCUCUCUCUCCUCUCUCACCAGGGCUUUACAGCCGAGGUCCCCAUUUCCCCAAAAAAAGAUAUACCUCAUUAUUAGCUUAGGAAUUAUAAUAGUCUCUUCUACUGUAGCGUUUUCUCCCAACACUCGUUUUUGAUGUGCACCUAGAGGGCUGCUUGUGGGCCGGCCGCACCCUCGUCAUGGCUGUCCUUUUUCUUUUCGCAGCCGGUCCCGGGCCCGACGCGUCCUUCACCUCAUCGUCACUCAUUCUCUCAUCAUUGCAAGCAAUCGAAAUCAAAAAGCAGCUCAGGCAAUGUUAUGCACUCAGGUGGAUUGUGUAACAAAAAUUAGUAUGGCUUAGUGGUUACUAUUUGAAGUACUAUGAACAAAGGCACUAAGCAGCAUCGACCAAGUUCACUGACUUCCCUACCUCAUUCCCGCACCGCAUUUAACACUUAUUUACUCCCUCGGCUAAGUUCUCUGAAAUUAGUAAGGAAUUAAUCAAACUGCGUAUAGAGCUUCCAAAAAAAUCGGUCUUCUUCUUAUUCGUUUGGCUGGCACCUGGAUCUGACAUACCAAAUCAAUUCAGCCCGGUGGAGAAAUGGCAAACUUGUAACAUAAUGUAGUUGUGGAUCUGGAAAGGCUCAAGUCUGCGUUUUAAACAUCUCCCUUUUCUGUUUUUAUUAUGUUUCCUUUUUUCCCCCAUUCUAAUUAGAUUUUAGUUAUUCCCUUGUACUGCUAAUUACUUCAAUAAUUUUCAGACCAGUGGCCAAGCGAAAAGAAAGUUCGUUGCUUUUUUUUUUUAAUGACAGUAAAAUCCAAGACUUUUUUCAUUGUGAAUGGUAUUUCACUUACUAAUUACUAGCUCUGUUGUGUCUAAGAAUACAUUAUACACAUGAAAACAUUCUACCAACGAUAGUUCCUUGCGGUCCGCCCAGCAGGUUAAAAGUUCCUCAAGAUGUAAUAUUUACUUGCAUCAUGUAAAUCUAUCGAAAAAAAAGUAAUAAUUUUAUUUAGAGAGGAGACAGUGGUUUAUGGUAAGAUGGAAAAGCACUUUAAAAUCAUUCCAUUCUCCGUAAUAUUCACCAUCUCAUUUAACUGUGCUUUGUAUUAAAUUGUUAGUUAAAAAAAGAUGUGGUUCUAAAUUACUUGCUAAAAUUUCUUUUUAAAAUUAUAUAUAUAUAUUUAUAUAAUGAUAUGAUUUCAUCACUUUACUGUUGAAUUAUUUAAUUAGUGUAAAUGAUUGGAUUUAUUGUAAUUAAAGGGCAGUUCACUAUUCAGAAUAUUGCAAAUCAUGACUGCCAUAAAAAAAAUUAAGCUGAAAAAUUCGUCUGGAUUGUUAAUAAAAUAAACAAUUUUAUGGGAGAAAUCUCAUCUCUUUCAUCAGAAUUAAUUUUAAAAAAUUAUAAAUCUAUAUUUUCACAUAUCCUUUCAAUAUUUUUAGAUUUAUCAAUUUCUUUUUUGCAAAUCUUUCUAGGCUUCAUUUUCUGUCAAUUUCUUAUACAAGAGUAAUGAAAAAUUUAAUUUUAUUACCAUUUGUAUUAUACUAUGGUAAAUACGAUCCAGUUUAUGUAAUGCUAGACUGCUUUAUCAAAAAUAUUCAGAAUUAAAUUCUUUUGCUGGGUUAUAAUUCAUAAAUUUAAUUUUUAAAAUUAUAGUUUAGACUAUGUUGCACCAUUAACGUAUCUCUUAUUUGUAAAAGCAAAAAAAAAAAAAGAAAAAGAUAUAUACGCAUUUGCUAUAAUUCUUACAAACCCGCAGUGUUUAUAUUAAUUUGAUCAUUGUCGCAAUUUUGUGUUUGAUAUUGAAUCUUUCUUUGUCCAAGUCUAUUUUAAUUAAAUGUUUUCCGAAUUUUUAAAAGAUCAGUUAAUGUGAAAUUUGCUCAUAUUUUAAGUAAUGAACUUUUUUUUUAUUAAUUACCACUGCUUUUUCAAAAUGAUUUUUUAAUGCUUUUAGUUACAGAAACCCAACGUCUAUUUGAAUCCGUGAGUUUAAGAACAAAUCCAAAAACUUAAAAAAAAAAAAAAAAAAAGAAAAAAGAUUAAUAAAAGAAGUUUUUUUUUCCCCACAUAUUUUCAUUGCUUUUGAUCUCAAUGUACCAUUUAAAAUUUUAUGUACCAUUAUAUAUAUAUAUAUAUAUUUAACUCCUCAAAAGAACUUUAGUAGCUGCAUACGUCCAACUGAUAUAAUCCUUCCUAUUUUUUUAUAUCCUUUAAAUUUUGUAUUUUGGAAUGUACUCUUCUUGCAUUCACCCGAUUGGUAUAUAAGUUCCUAUAAACUGCAUUUGAGGUGAACGAAUUCCAGCUGUACAAAUUAAGCAUUCUCGAAAUGCUGUAGUCAACUGAAUGCUGGUUGGCUUGUUCCUGAACCACUGUCUCCUGUCUCUGAGAACGAGUUCUUCCGGUCGCGGAGGUGAACCGAUUCUAGUGAGAAGGUUGCGGCCGACUCACGGGCAUUCUUGUUUUCUGUUGACAUGUAGAGAAAGGCAAUCUGCUCGAAGCCUUCCAUUUGGUGCUUUUGGUGAAGGUUCCUAUUCAGUAGCGGCUCCUGUCCUCGAGUCUAUCCCGAAUGCAACCACAGGAUUAUAUACUAUUUUGGAGAUAGUGGUGCACUCCGCAAGGCUCGAUGCUAGGUGCCUGCUACAGCCCUGCAUUAUACAAGUAUAUCCUGUUUGAGAUAAAUGUAGACUCCUGGGGGAAAAAAAAUAAGUGAAACGCUACCAUUUUCUGGCUUCUGCAGUUUUUCUUACGAGAAAAAAAAAGGGGCUGAUACAGCUUAUAAAACUUCAGGGACUUUCUAUACUAAAUAAUAAAGUAGUUGUAAUAAGAAUCUUGUUGCCGCUGUCUACGAGUCCGAUGUAUCAUGUGGAAAAAUUUAAAAAACAAUAAAAAAAACACCCUGCUUAGAAAUUUUGAUUCAUUCGAUUUAAUGUGCACAUGAAGGAAAAUUUGAAUUCUUUUUUAUUGUUAUUAAUUAUGUUCUAAUAAAUGAGAAAUGGACUAAUUUUUCAAUUUCGUGCAAAUUAUGGCGCGAAUUCUACAGUAAUAUUUAUUUAUGUAUGUUGUUGUGUUAGCUGAAAGACUAAUGUUUCCUUGAUUAUGAUAAGCAGUUUCAAAUGAAUAGUAAAUUUUUGUAGUUGGGUGUUUUGAUCACAUGGUCGUUUUAUUUGAUCGGUCGUUUUAUUUUUUUCCCUUUAUCGUAUCGUGUGUGUAAAAUGGCCACCUAAAAGAAAAAUCAAAGAUAAAUAUCGCAAUUCAGCUGUGCAUUGCAGCCAGACCAAUGAAAAAUAUUGUCAGUUGUGUGGUGAAUACCAAUUAACGCAUCGAUAUGUGUAAACUAUUUGUUUGAAGACUCAUUUACCGAAAUGCUAAGUUCAGUGCAGAAAUCUGACUGUUGCUGCACAUUUUUCGACUCAGUUUGAUCAUCGACUUAUUUUGUACUUUUAUUAGCUCUGUUUUGUUUUCAUUUUCAGCUUGAUUUGAAUAUUUACGUUUCUUUGGUGUACUCGAAAUAUUACUGUUGAUGCUAAGCAUUACAUUAUUUUAUUUAUGUAUAUUUUAAAACUGAAUGCUUAGUACUCUAUUAAACUUCUGUUAAAAAUGCACUUUUGGUUUGUGAAAGACAUUUAAAAUAGGCACUCAUGUUCUGUAUGUUCAUUUUUAUAGCAUUUUUAGCUCUAAAUCCAUUUUACAUUUUAGUAUCAAAGAAGACUUCUUUGCAUAAAAUUAAAUUGUGACGCAAAAUAGUAACAUAUUAUUAGGUUUGGAUGACUCAUAUCGAUCCUAUUCGAUAUAUCUAAAUUUUUUUUGUAGCUUAAAUUUAAAAAAAAAAAAAAAAAAAGAGUGCCCAUUUUAAAUGCGGUGUUGUUAUCUUGAAUUGCUUCGUGGACUAUAAAUAAAAUUAUUAUCGUCUAUUGUAUUUAUACACUCAAAAGAAACUAUUACUGUCAGUGUUACAUUUUUGUAUUGUUAUAAGAGUAAGUUUGGGUCAGUAGGUGAAUGAAUGUAUUUAACUGACCUCAUAUAUAUGUAUAUAUGUUUGCGACAUUGUAUAUCGGAGUGCACUGUGAAUUUGAUCUUUAUUGUUUUUCUUUUGAGUAAAUUUAAUGCAUUUGUUAAAUAAUUGUGUAUCAAAAAAAAGAAAACCCAACCCUUUGAUCAGGUUUAGUUUUCAAAGAUUGAUUAAAACUUUCUGAUAUUUAGUGGUGUGUUAUGAGAAGGUGCAUUAAGAAAAUUAUUGUGCUAAUUAAAAAAAAGGUUUAGUGCAAUAAGUUAUUGUUUUGUAGAUUUUGUUAUAUGUAAACAAAUCUCUGUAAAUUAUUUGUUAUCCAAAAUUGAAAGAUAAGUUUUCGAUUAUAUACUUUUCUUAGUGCCUUUAGAAAAAUGAGUUGUUUUGUUUCAUUCGAGAGUUGCUAUUAUUAAGAUAAUAAUGAGUUGAUUCAAUUUUUAUUUUUAAUUCUGUUUUGCUCAAUUUGUUACUCACUUUCCUAAUAAUUUUGAUCUCGUGUAAGUAUUCAAAGAAUUGUAUCACCUCUCAAUUAGACGAUUGAUGUUAAAGUCCAAAGAUAUUUUUUUUUUGUAACAAUCGAUCAAUGCAAGUGACUGGUUUCUGACGAACCAGAUUUCAUGUUUAAUCAAUCUCUCGAAGGAAAAAAAAAAUGAAAAAAAAAGUCAUCAUUAUGUUAACUAAACGCAGUGCUCAUGAAUUAACAUCAUGUGUAAGUUAUGUAUAUAUUUUAUAUUUUAAUACGCUUGUAUUAGAUAUUUGUGUGUUAAACUACCUCGUUUUUAUGAAUUUCUUUUAGAGAUUACUUUGAAUGUAUUUAUCUUCUUCAACCUGACCAAAGGGAUCCUUUCCAAGUAUUACAAUGACGUCCCCUUCCUUUUUCCCCCGCUUCCGCCAUCUAAAACAAAGAAAGCAUUGUAAAAAGCUGAGACCCAGGGCAGGGGCCCACAACAAGCUACACCCUUACUGAAGUGCCAGGUCCCCCUGCCCUAGGGUCCCGGCAUCCACCGCCCCCCCCCCUCCCCUUUCUCGUGAACUCUGGUCCGAAACGUUGCUUAGAUGCAAACUCCUUUCGCCCCCUUAGGGGGUCACUUCAAACUCCAUAUAUUUUUCAUAUCAUGCAUUUAAGAAAUGAGAAUCAAGAUCCAUGUAUAGCGUACUAUAUAAGGCCAUAGAAGAAAAAAAAAUUGUGUUUCGUGUAUUUUUCUCCGUUCUGUGUCUUGGUGCGGGGGUUCGCGGUGGUUUUGAGGCUGAUGCCCGGCCGAGCGGUCAUGCGGGUAGGUGUGUAAUAUAUUUAUACUCUCGGUUCCCGGGCACCAGACGAAGAUCGCGAACCCCUCCGCACUGUGCUAACAUCAGGGACGUUUUUCCAUUCCCAUUAUUAUAUCUAUUGUACCGUAAUCAUCAGUGACUAUUUUGAGGACCGUUUCAUUGUCAAAGGUUUACGCCAUAUAUUCAACAGCAAAGCUAACAAAAAAAGCACAAAGCAAUGGUCGGCUAUCAUUGGAGGAAUUUCGCUUUUUACGUUGAUCAUCCAUUUUUGCUUAUACUCACUACCUCAAAGACGAAUACUGAAAUGGGAAUUUUAUUGAAUAUUUAAAAUACCACUUGUAAUGCUGCUCCUGUCCCUAGUCAGUCACUGUCCUUUGCUUCGUUUUUCGAUAUUAUGGUGCUAGUUUAUUAUAUUAUUAUAUUUUACACGAUUUUUUUUUUUGUUUAAUUUCAAUUUAAAUCCAUUCCGGGCAGUUUUUUUUUUUUUUUUGCUUUCAAAAGGUUAGUUAGCCUCAAUUUUUUAUUUAAAUGUAGGCGCCAUAUAUAUAUUAAUGAGGGAUAAAAAAAAAAUUCGAUGUAAAAUGUUUUCCUUAUUGUGCUAUUACUGGAAAAUUUUAAAAAGUUAUGUUUGUAUACCCCAAGACUUCUGAAACAAAAGUCUGUGGUUUGAUGCAAUGCUCUUAUGACUGUGUGUAAUGAAUUGUUUGCAAGCUUUAAGUAUUUUAUAUACAUAUUUUGUUCAUUUUUUAAUGUACCUGCAAAUCAAAGCAGUUUUCUUGAAGCAAUAGAUCUCGUUUAGAUUGUUAAUUAAAGUUAAUUCAUUAAUGUAAUGUUUUAAAAGAAAAAUACAAGUAUUGUGCAUGUUUCUAUUUUUUCCUUCCCUUUUUAUAUGUAUGUUUUUUGUCGUUUGUUAUUAAAGUAUAUUUCCCUUAAGAAAUAGGACAAAAAACAAAAUAAAAUAACCGUGUUUUUGUUUUCGCAGUUAUGUAUUCUUGUUGUUUAAAGCUAAAAGUGAAUUUGAGAAUAUGAAAUGUUACUUGUAAUUAUAAAGAAAAAAAGAUUCCUGUACGCAGUUUGUGUUUUGUAUUUUAGUGUUAACAGAACUGAUAUACCUCAUGUGUUUAUGCUUGCCAUUUAAUGUCUGAACAACAACUGAUUUGUGUUUUUUGACAUAUAGUGCAUAUUUUUAAUGAAAAAGAAAAACAAAAAAAGCGGAAUAGUUUUUAACCCUGUACAUAAGUUUUAUUGGUGAGGCACGGCUACUUUUUUGGACAUUUUUGCCAUCGUCCUCACUCUUCCCUUCCCACCCCCAUCCCAUCCUUUAAAAAAAUUAAGUCUUCUUCGGGGGGGAGCUUGGGUCCUUCACUGCGAUGGAUGCGCCCCCUGGUCUCCCCCUUAGUCAGCCCAUUCGGUUGUCAGAGUGUUGUGUUUGGUUGGUUUCUGAUUUGUUACCAGGGAGCAGGUCAGUAGGAGGGCAAUAAAUUGACACAGAUUCCUGUU